CCGGCGCUGCUUCUGGCGCCUGCGCUCUGACAGGGAAGCCGGUGACGUCCGGUGAAAUUCAACAUGGCGGCGCUAUGCUGACCCUGUAGCGGGUGACAGAAGUGCCGCCUCGGCCUUCCUGACUCCCCUCGGGGGAUCCUGCGCUGUUCCUUGCCGCCGCAGCCAUGUCUGGACCCGGGAACAAACGAGCCGCUGGCGAUGGGGGCUCAGGGCCCCCAGAAAAGAAGCUGAGCCUCGAGGAGAAGACCACAACCACUCUCAUAGAGCCCAUUCGUCUUGGAGGCAUCUCUUCAACGGAAGAGAUGGACUUGAAGGUACUACAGUUCAAGAACAAGAAACUGGCAGAGCGGUUGGAACAGCGACAGGCUUGUGAAGAUGAACUCCGAGAACGAAUUGAGAAGCUGGAGAAGCGGCAGGCCACAGAUGAUGCCACACUCCUCAUUGUCAAUCGCUACUGGGCCCAGCUAGAUGAAACUGUGGAAGCCCUGCUUCGAUGCCAUGAGAACCAGGGAGAGCUGUCUUCAGGGACAGAAGUGCCUGGGACCCAGGAGGGGCCAACACGUGAUGGGACUCCUCUGACAGAGCCAGGGACAUCGGAGCUGAGGGAGCACCUGCCAGUGCAGCUGCGGCCCCCUCUCAGUGAGCCAGCUUUGGCUUUUGUGGUGGCACUGGGUGCCAGCAGCAGUGAAGAGGUGGAGCUACAGCUGCAGGGUCGUAUGGAGUUCUCCAAGGCAGCAGUGUCCCGUGUGGUAGAGGCUUCAGACCGCCUACAGCGCCGGGUAGAGGAACUCUGUCAGCGAGUAUAUAGCCGAGGGGACAGUGAGCCCCCCGGUGAGGUGGCUCGGGCACGCACCCGGGAGCUGGGCCGUGAAAACCGGCGGCUACAGGACUUGGCCACCCAGCUGCAGGAGAAGCACCACCGCAUCUCAUUGGAGUACUCUGAGCUCCAGGAUAAAGUGACAUCAGCAGAGACUAAGGUGUUGGAGAUGGAGACGACAGUGGAGGAUCUGCAGUGGGACAUUGAGAAACUGCGCAAGCGAGAGCAAAAGCUCAACAAGCACCUGGCGGAGGCCUUGGAGCAGCUCAACUCUGGCUACUAUGUGUCUGGGAGCUCCUCAGGCUUCCAGGGUGGCCAGAUCACACUCAGCAUGCAGAAGUUUGAGAUGCUCAAUGCAGAGUUGGAGGAAAACCAGGAAUUGGCCAACAGCCGCAUGGCAGAACUGGAGAAGCUGCAGGCCGAACUUCAGGGGGCUGUACGGACCAAUGAACGUCUUAAGGUAGCCCUGCGGAGCCUUCCCGAGGAAGUGGUGCGAGAGACAGGAGAAUACCGCAUGCUACAGGCCCAGUUCUCACUGCUGUAUAAUGAAUCUCUGCAAGUGAAGACACAGCUGGAUGAGGCCCGGGGGCUACUGCUGGCCACCAAGAACUCCCACCUGAGACACAUUGAGCACAUGGAGAGUGACGAGCUCGGGCUACAGAAGAAGCUGCGCACAGAGGUUAUCCAGCUGGAGGACACACUGGCCCAGGUACGCAAGGAGUACGAGAUGCUACGCAUCGAAUUUGAACAGAACCUGGCAGCCAACGAGCAGGCGGGGCCUAUAAACCGUGAGAUGCGCCACCUGAUUAGUAGUCUCCAGAACCACAACCACCAGCUAAAGGGUGAUGCUCAGCGAUACAAGCGUAAGCUUCGAGAAGUGCAGGCUGAGAUUGGCAAGCUCCGUGCUCAGGCCAGUGGCUCUACUCAUUCUAUUCCCAGCCUGGGCCACCCAGAGGACUCGGGCGUGUGUGCCCCAACCCCAGGGAAAGAAGAAUGUGGGCCAGGUACUGGUGGUACCCCUGACAGUAGAAAGGAUAUGACUUCAAUACCUGGCACCACCACUACCACCACCUCACUAAAGAAGGAGGAGCUUGUUCCCUCUGAAGAGGAUACCCAAGCCCUAACACCUGGGGCCCAGGGUCCCUCCUCCCGGGGCCGAGAACCAGAGGCCAGGCCCAAGCGAGAGCUUCGGGAACGGGAAGGGCCUGGCCUGGGAUCUCCACCUGUAGCCUCAACUCUCUCAAGGGCUGAUCGGGAGAAGGUCAAGUUGGAAGAGGCCAAAAGGAAGGAGUCAGAACUCCUCAAAGGGCUUCGAGCAGAGCUCAAGAAGGCCCAGGAAAGCCAGAAGGAGAUGAAGUUGCUGUUGGACAUGUACAAGUCUGCACCCAAGGAACAGAGGGAUAAGGUGCAGCUCAUGGCAGCUGAACGCAAGGCCAAGGCUGAGGUUGAUGAGCUGCGGAGCCGCAUCCGUGAAUUGGAGGAACGGGAUCGAAGGGAGAGCAAGAAGAUUGCAGAUGAGGAUGCCCUGAGGCGCAUUCGGCAGGCAGAGGAGCAGAUUGAACACCUGCAGCGCAAGUUGGGUGCCACCAAGCAGGAGGAGGAGGCUCUGCUGUCAGAGAUGGAUGUGACAGGUCAGGCUUUUGAGGACAUGCAAGAGCAGAAUGGGCGACUGCUACAGCAACUGCGGGAAAAGGACGACGCCAACUUUAAGCUAAUGUCAGAAAGGAUCAAGGCUAACCAGAUUCACAAGCUACUGCGGGAAGAGAAGGAUGAGCUGGGCGAGCAGGUUCUUGGCCUCAAGUCCCAGGUGGAUGCCCAGCUACUAACCGUGCAGAAGCUGGAGGAAAAGGAGCGGGCCCUGCAGGGCAGCCUCGGGGGUGUGGAGAAGGAGCUGACACUGCGUAGCCAGGCCCUGGAGCUCAACAAGAGGAAGGCUGUGGAAGCGGCCCAGCUGGCGGAGGACCUCAAAGUGCAGCUGGAACAUGUGCAGACUCGGCUGCGAGAGAUCCAGCCUUGCCUGGCAGAGAGCCGGGCUGCUCGAGAGAAAGAGAGCUUCAACCUCAAGAGGGCUCAGGAGGACAUCUCACGGCUACGGCGCAAGCUGGAAAAGCAGAGGAAAGUGGAGGUUUAUGCAGAUGCAGAUGAAAUCCUCCAGGAGGAGAUCAAGGAGUACAAGGCACGGUUGACCUGCCCCUGUUGUAACACCCGCAAGAAGGAUGCAGUCCUCACGAAGUGCUUCCACGUUUUCUGCUUCGAGUGUGUGCGGGGCCGUUACGAGGCCCGCCAGAGGAAGUGCCCCAAGUGCAAUGCAGCCUUCGGUGCCCACGACUUCCACCGUGUCUACAUCAGCUGAACCUACGGCUCAGGGGACUUUGGAAUGCCCAUGGACCCUGGGGGCUUUGCCUCCAGCCCCUCCCCACUCUAGGUCAAAUCACCUCUCUUUCCACUAUGGACCCCAUGGGCCCAGCCCCUGCCCACCCAGUUAAGUUUGGGGGCCCUGGUGUAUGCUAGUGGGAGUGGGAACAACCAAGCUCAAUUCCAUCUUUUCCCAAAUGUCAGAGCUGCAGUCUGAGGACACCCAUCCUCCAGGAAAGGUCCACCCUAAGGGGUCCAGAGCACUCAGCUGAGCUGCUGGGAAUCUGGCCCUUCUCCAGCUGUCAUCACAAACCUGUCCUAGCCCUAAUGGGGAAUUUCUCCAGUCUGUGACCUUGCACCCAAGAGGAGUCUCUGCCUACACACCCACAAGGGAGUACUGUGUGGGGACCAGGUCUUUAGCCCCUUGUUUGAGAUAGCCCUGCAGCCCAGGGAGACUAGGGCAGGGUUUUGUCCUGAGUUUCCUGGACACUCUGGUCUGCCCCUUGGGCUAAGGGCUGAAGGACGAACCUCCUUUGGGAGCACUACUUGCUAACACGGGGAAGCUCUACCGGUGCUGUAGUCACCGCCCCCAUCUUAGGAGUGCUGAACAAAGGAAGAUUGAUCUCUGUUCCAAUCAGGCUCCUUCCCCCCAAUCUCUUGUUUGUCUCCCAAGUCCACUUACCCAUACCUCAGGCAUCCCAAGACUUCAAAGGGUCCCUGGUCCUAACCCUGCUUUCAUCUUAGUGGCCUUAACUGCAGUGGAGGUGGAACUUCCCAGGAGGGGAGGGACUGGGCCAACUUCAAUCAUUCCAGGUAGAACUUCACCCAACACCCAUGACAGCCUGUACCCACGAUGCUUCCUUCCUGUGUUGCCUGCUCAAGCAGACUGGACUGUGGAGGCAGCACUGGGAGGGGCCUAUGGGUGGAACUGCUGACAGGUGUGGGGGGCCUAUUUGAACCCACAGCCUCUGCUCUAGAGUUGUCUUGUAUAGGCUGUUAGUUGUGAAUAAACGUCCAACCCCCAGCCUCUGCUCAAAGCAGCCAGGCCUCAUACCCAA